ACGUUCGUUACAUUGUGAGCGGAGUGGUGACGCUCAUUUCGUUUACACGUCAAUAGGCGAAUGCACUGAUUUUGACAUCUUUACAACGCUAUCAACUCUAUGACUCAAAUUCCGAUUUGUAAAUCGGAGGUCAAAUUCAAAUUCGCCUUCGCUGCGUAUUGAUCAGAAGGGCAGGUUGAAGGUGAAACACGCGGCGCGUUAUGUCGCAACACGGGAGCUCUGAAGGUAAAGUCCGCAUCGACGGAGGGAGGGACGCAGAAAAUUUCCUGGUACAUCUCCAAAUCCUCAUGGCAUAGCAUGCAGCAACGACGGCUUUGGGUCACAUAUGCCCUUUGGGCAGUAGGAGGCCCACUAGGGCUUCAUCAUCUUUAUCUACGCAGGGAUAGCCAUGCCCUCUUGUGGAUGCUGACCUUUGGAGGCUUUGGUGUGGGCUGGCUACGGGAAUUCUUCCGACUGCCAGCAUACGUGAAAAAGACGAAUGGUAAGCGUCGCCCAUCUGGGAUGCCAGUACCUCCCAUAAGCCCAGUUCGUUUCUUGGGCCAGGUUUGCAUGGGCAUUUACUUUGGAAUGGUAGCUCUCAUCUGCCUCUCCUCACUCAAUUACUUUUACCUCCUGGUUCUGCCUCUGGCUGUCAGCAUGGGCAUUCAUUUGGUGUCCAGUGUUGGUGAGGAGACCUCUGAUCUUCACAAGACCCUGAUGGCCAGCCUGGUGACAUCAACUGUGUUUUAUGGCCGACCACUAGGUACCUUUCCAGCUAGUUUAGUAGCCAGCUUGACUGCCACUCAGAACCGACGCUACAAAGGUGGAGAAACUCUUGAGGAGCCCCUAGGUGUGAGACUUUACCGCCUCAGUCUCGCCUGGCUAGCAUUCUCUGCACCUUUGGCUUAUUGUGUAGUCUACAACACCACAGCCACCAUCUCCUAUGUAGCUGAGAGUAUUGCUGCCCUGUUGGACUGGUUAUGGUUCUUCCCUUCUUUGCGUGUCCUCUUGGAGUCAGUUCUUCUGCUGCCUUACCGAGCCUUCUGCCUGGUAACUGGGGGAGGGCGUCUCAUCUUGGAAGACUGGGAGAGAGUCCUGGAGCGGUUUGUCAGCAUUCACAAUGAGAGAAGGGAGGCAGCCAUGCAGGUGCUUGGUGUCAGCCAUGGUGCCACCUUUGAAGUCAUCUCUCACAAUUACAGAGAACUGGUGAAAAUGUGGCAUCCAGAUCACAAUCCACACAACAAAGAAGAAGCCACUAGGCAGUUCAUGGAGAUCCAAGAGGCAUAUGAGACUUUAGUUCGCCUGAACAAACUUCAGCAACAUUGAUCAGAGCGGAUGGAGUCUUGACAAUGCACAAGCAAACAGCCUAGGCGCUGCAUAGACAACAUGCUUAGAGAGAAGAGUGGACACAGUAUAAUGGGUGAAAGGGGACCUUCUGCAGUGGGUAUGCUGCACAACACAGCAGAGUGUGAGAGAUAAAAUUGAAAGAGUGGCCAUCCUGUGUUUGUCUAAAUAAUUCACAAUUAGAAAGACGAUAUUAGAGUAGGCACUAUACCAAGCAAGGCCCAUUGUGCAACUUUCAUUUUCAGGUAUCUUUAAAAUAUCAAGUCCAGAAAGUGGGAGUGGUAUUUGUAAAUCGCUAGCAUUUGGUUUUAUUAAUUAGGUUAUCUGUGUGCUUGCUAGAGAGAAGACAUGCCAUAUUAACUGGAACAGCACCUUGCGUAAAAGCUUCUCCUUGUGGAAAUGUGAGGGAUUCUCAGAUGAAUAUCCCAUUGCAACUGCUUCUGAAAAAUGCACAAUUCAACAAUUUCUGAAAAGUAACAUGCUACUGCUUCAGCCGUUACCUGUUCCUGCACACUAGGUAGAUUUUUUUCCCUGUAUGUGUUUGUACAAAUCAAUGCCAUACCUGAAAAUAUUUAGACUAAUUUGGAAAUGCUAUCAUAUUUUUCUCCUUACAUUACCAAAUAUUGUCACAGCACGUGCUGCUAGACCACCAUCAGCAUUGCUGGGAAAGAAACCUCUCUAAUAUCUCAUUCAAGGAUUGGAAAUUGAUAGUUGAUUCAAAGCAUUCAUUCUUCUUCAAUUUGUGCAAAACACACUGCAAUUCAGCUAAACAUCGUACACCAGACACACCUCUCCAAAUUAAAGCAUCUAUCAGGAAUUGGACUCAAAUAUUUAACAAUGUCAGGUAGCUCAAGCUUCACUCAGGCAUAAGUUUUGGGAAUGUCCAAAAUUAAAUCAUUUUUGGGAAAAGAGCUGUUGUUACGAGGGGCGUCUAUUUAUUAAGAAUUUCAAAAACAAAUUACAUCACUUUUCUACAUAGUCGCCUUCCUUUGUGAUGCAACUUUCCUAGCGUCGUACCGACUUUUUAAUUCCCAAUUACUACUCCUCCCGCCAUUACCAUUUCCAAUGAAAAUAUAAAAAUGCGGAACCCCCCACAGGAUGUACGGUCACCAAAAGUCUUCUUACAACAGUCUUUGGAGUUAUUUCAGAUGAGUUUAGAUUAUCUGGUGAUAAACUGAACAUUGUUUCCUUCAUUACAUUGUUAGUAUGUUGAGUAGUUCUGCUCAAUUGGAAGAAUCCAUUUCAUAAUUCAAUGAGAAAAUUAUAUUUUAUAUUAAUUGAAGCUGGGCGGCACGGUGGCGCAGUGGGUAGCGCUGCUGCCUCGCAGUUGGGAGACCUGGGGACCUGGGUUCACUUCCCGGGUCCACCCUGCGUGGAGUUUGCAUGUUCUCCCCGUGUCUGCGUGGGUUUCCUCCGGGUGCUCCGGUUUCCUCCCACAGUCCAAAGACAUGCAGGUUAGGUGGAUUGGCGAUUCUAAAUUGGCCCUAGUGUGUGCUUGGUGUGUGGGUGUGUUUGUGUGUGUCCUGCGGUGGGUUGGCACCCUGCCCAGGAUUGUUUCCUGCCUUGUGCCCUGUGUUGGCUGGGAUUGGCUCCAGCAGACCCCCGUGACCCUGUGUUCGGAUUCAGCAGGUUGGAAAAUGGAUGGAUGGAUGGAUUAAUUGAAGCUAUAAAAAUCUUAUUGUCCUUGAGUGGAACUGUGCAGUACUUCUUUAGAAUUUGACAAGAUUUCAUUAAUGUUAUUCAGUAAAGGGUUUGCUGAGCUCCA